AUGAAAUGAUUUAGGCACAGUUUAGAAGAUAAAGAAAUCAAAAGUAACUCAAAUUGAAAAUGACGAUUUCAAUUUACCCAGACUAACAAAAAACUCCAGCGGUGCUCAAUUCUGAAGUGUCCACCACUGCUUUUAAAGUUCUCAACUUCUCUUUUGUUGCACUACCAGGGCAGGACGUGUACAUGAAAGAAGCCAAGGAGUCUUCCGGUGUUGCCACACUCUUAAGCAACUAGCUCUUAUGUGUAUCAGAACAUUACGAACCAUCACUAAAAGUUAAGGAGCACUUAACAAAUAUGGGAAGGGAGUCAACAAAUGCUUUCUUCUUCUUCCUCCUCUCCAUGCUUCAUCACAGUACUUCAACUCCUCUCUUUCCCAAAGGAGGUCCCACUAAAUCGGGUUACCUCCCAGUCAAUCCUACUGCUAGUUCUGCUAUUUUCUACACCUAUGAAGCUAGAAAUCCCAGCUCACCCCUAGCAAAAGCACGAUUUCUCAUUUGACUGCACCUUGGAAACUUCUUCGAGCUUGGGCCAUGGCAUUUUGUUUCUUCUAACGGGCAAAAUGCGGAGCACUUGUCUGUUGAGCUAUUUCAGGCUUAGAAUCGCUUAUUUGGUUUCUUUUUCUUGAUAAUCCUAUUGGAACAGGGUUUAGAGUUUAGCAUAACUUCAACGGCAUGAGAACAUCCUCAGGACCAAGAUUAUGUUGCUAAGAAUCUUUUUGCUGUAAUUACAAGUUUUAUCUCAUUAGAUCCUUCGUUUAAGCAUCGUCUUAUUUAUGUUACCGGUGAGAGUUAUGCAGGAUAUUAUGUUCCUGCAAUUGGGUAUUACAUUUUCAACAAAAAUCUGCAUCUGCCAGUUUCAAAACGAGUGAACCUGAGAGGUCUUGUUAUAGGUGAUGGGUUAACGGACCCGAUCACCCAAUUUGCAAAUUAUGCUGACAAUGCUUGCUAUUUAGUGAUGGUUAAUGAGAGGCAGAAAGGAGAACUAGAGGAAGCACAAUGGGAGGGAGCUAAAUUGGUUAAGAUGGGGAACUGGAGUGAGGCAACAGAUGCUAGAAGCCUAGAAAAGGGGUUGAAUCUGUUGUAAAAAAUGACAGGUUUGGCCACUUUGCAUGACUUUAAACAGAGAAAGCCCUACCACAGAAGUUUACCAGACGAGUUUCGAAACAAAGCUAAGGUAAAGAAAGCAUUACGAGUGAACUAGUCAAUGGGUCGACAGUGCAGUGAUGUUCUUAGGGCUGCAUUGCAUGAAGAUGUGAUGAAGAGCGUGAAGUACAUAAUGGAAUCCUUGGUGAAGAAGAGUAAGGUGUUGUUGUAUCAAGGGCUCUAUGUACAGGAUGGUGUGGUGUCAACAGAAGCAUGGGUGAAGACAAUGAAAAUGGAAGGAAUUGAGAAGUUCUUGAUGGCUGACAGAAAAGUUUGGAAAGUAAAUGGGGAGCUUGCUUGCUAUGUGCUUUAGGCUAUGAUUGAGGAUUGGGCUUUGGAGAAGGGCAAGUUUGGUUGGGAGCAAAAAGGUUCAUAAUCAAAUGUCAUGGGGGAACUCUGAAUUUUAUUCCUCGGAAACUGGUUCUCGUUUUUGUGCUUUGUAGUGACUAGCAGACUCAAGCUACGUAACCUUAUAGGCUUAUACUGAUUUUAUACUAUACUGAACCAAUUCAAAUGUAUUACCUAUUAUUGAACCAACAGUUUAACGAUUUUUAGCAUCAACCAUUUACUUAAUCCAAGGGCAUGAUCAUUUUAUUCAGAACUAAAAAUAGAGCUCCAGAGCAAGUAACAGCCGCCCUAGCCACGAAUUCUCAGUAGCUAGAACUUUAAAUAAAAUUAUGAUAUUUGUUAUCAAGCAAAUCUAGAAAAGCCCUUGAAAUUUGCCAUAACCAUUUUCAUAUAUAACCAAUUCAAACCCAUUUUUCGUUUUCAAAUUCUGAAAAAGGAGAAUCAAAAGAGGUUUUAAAGCAGUGGUAUUCAUGUAGAUGUAAUGGCGUUUGGAGGCGGGAUUGUGGUGAAAGAAACUGAUGGGUAGGUCAAAGAAGGGAAAUUGGUAAAGAAAACCAAAGAUCCCAUUCUGACGACCAAAACCCAACAGCAAAAGAAAGCACAAAACCCGUACUAUGAUGCCAUUGAAAAAGUUUGAUGUGCAGGGCCGAUGGAAAGGCAGGGCAGCCUGUAGAGAACCCACAGUUUCUCCUGAGUACUGCUUGGCAAUGGCAUCGCGGCUGAAAUUGAAUAAACCCUAGUGAUAAAACUCGGUCUAUUUAUUGAGCAAACGAGGGCAAUCGGUCACGUGAUGCUCACGUGGUGAUAUAUGUUACUGUUUUCAUGGUUGAUUUUUUUUUUUUUUUUAAUUUCGUUAUUGUUGUU